AUGGCGCAGAAGAAAAAAAUACAAAAUUUUCUGACUUGGUAUCUGUCUUCUGUGGAAGGAAAUGAUGAAGUUGUCCUAUCAUGGAGUUUCUAUGGUCUUGCCAAUAACAAGUCGCAUUACAAUCAUUUUGAUGUGCUAGAUAAAGGAAGGACUGCAAAAGAGGAGGCAUCCAAACGUGAGAAGUAUAGCCGAUCGGCUUUAAAUACAAUAUUUUACCAUUAUAGCCGCAAGGCACGACUGUACAGCCGUUCGGCUAUACUCUUUACAUAUUAUUCUAACGAACACGAAGCUUGCACUCGCAGUGGACGGAACUUUCUCUCGCAGUCACUGCUUCGUCCUCCAGGUUCGGCGCCGAAAAAAGACCUAACCUGCCUAGGCGCCCGCCUAGCUACUACCAAGCCGCCUAGGGACCGCCUAGCCGCCUAG